UAUUUUUUUUUUCCUCAAUCGGUGAGAAGAGCUAAAACCCUAAUCAGAGAACGUAUUUGGCAGUGGUGAAAAAUAGGCAAAUCAAAGGCGAAAAGACGGUGGAAUCCGGAUGAGGAACUGGUUUGGCGGUGGCGGAAAUGUUGGCACAAUAAGGAGUUCUUUGGUGAGGUAUUUCUCGCGGGCACGCGCAGUGAAUGUGAGGAAGAUAAACCCUAAGGUUCCGUUCCCUGAAGCUGCUUACAUUUCUCAAUCUCUUUACAGUAUCAUCAAGCAGCAUGGACCUCUCACCGUUUCCAAUACUUGGAAUCAUGCCAAGGAGUCAAAUAUCAGUGGAUUAAACAGUAAAACCCACAUGAAGAUACUGCUUAAAUGGAUGAGAGGGAGGAAGAUGCUAAAGCUGUUUUGCAGCAAUGUUGGUUCCAGCAAGAAGUUUUUGCACUGCACUUUGCCUGAGGAACCCCAAACUGACCAAAUGAAAGAACUAUCGGAGUUGAAUCUGCAGACUGACAAGAAGACUUCAACAAAGAGGAAAAAAAAACAGAAAUGAUGUCCUGGGACUUUCACUGAUUGAGGAAUGCAUAGCGUGCAAUUAUACUCUCUUUUUUAGUCUUCAUUUGGAUGGAUGGGUUUUAACACCAUUUUUCUGUUAUCAAUGUUCUUGAAUACUUUGCUAAUGCAUUAGGCCUUGCUAAAUUGCGCUCUUAUCCCUCUGUACUGUCAGACUUUUAAUUAUGCCCUUGUUUCUUGAUUUUUCUUUUAUGAAUUUAAUAAAGACAAGAUUUUUUAACGUAA